AUGCCAUCUCCCCAGGUCCUGGCUUCCUCUGCUUUUGCUGCUCCCCAACCUAGUCUGGAGGGGCCCUGCCACCCUCCUUCCACCGCCCCCCUCCCCCCCAGCCCUCAUCCAAGUCUUUGCUUUGAGUCAGAGGGGCUUCAUUGCCUGCAGCCCCCCAUCAGCAUUAAGCCAAAGGCCCGGGGAUCCAGGGAGGGGCAGAGGUUGCCAGGUUGGUCCAUGGGGUGGGGGUGGGUCCCCAGCCAAGGGGCCUGCUCCAGUCACUGUGGGCUCUGUUCUCGCUGUUCGCCCGCGUCAAGUCUUCUAUAUAGUAAACAGCAGUUAUCUUCCAAUAAAGGAUUUCAGAUGCUCUGUGGGCGUCACGAGGGCUGUGGGCACAGCUCUUCUCUGGGGGGGGUGGGAAGGGACCUGUGA